AACUGGAGGUAAGAGCCCCUUCCUAGGCCUGCUUCCUUAGCCUCCCUGAAACCUCAGGGCAGACAACAUAGACAGUCUCUGGAGCUCCUGCCUGGUGGACCAUGAAUUGGCAGCAACUGUGGCUGGGUCUCCUACUGCCCUUGACAGUCUCAGGCUGGGCUGUGGGGCCUGCGGAGAACGAUGCGGCCGUGAGUUACCUGCUGCAGUAUGGAUACCUACAGAAGCCUCUAGAAGGACCUGAUGACUUCAACCCAGAAGACAUUACAGAAGCCAUCAGAGUUUUUCAGGAAGCAUCUGGGCUGCCAGUCUCGGGUCAACUGGAUGAGGCCACAAAGGUCCAUAUGAAGCUGCCCCGCUGCGGCCUGGAAGACCCCUUCAACCAGAAGACCCUUAAAUACCUGCUGCUGGGUCGCUGGAGGAAGACGCACCUGACAUUCCGCAUCUUGAACCUGCCCUCCAACCUCUCACCCCACGUGGCUCGGGGAGCCUUGCUUCAAGCCUUCCGGUAUUGGAGUGACGUGGCACCCCUGACCUUCCGAGAGGUGAAGGCUGGCUGGGCUGACAUCCGUCUAUCCUUCCAUGGCCGCCAAAGUAAAUACUGCUCCAGAAACUUUGAUGGGCCAGGGAGGGUCCUGGCCCACGCUGACAUCCCAGAGUUGGGCAGUGUGCAUUUCGAUGAGGAUGAACUCUGGACUGAAGGAACCUACCGGGGGGUGAACCUGCGCAUCAUCGCAGCCCAUGAACUAGGCCAUGCCCUGGGCCUCGGGCAUUCCUGGUAUGCCAAGGCCCUCAUGGCCCCGGUCUACACUGGCUAUCAGCCCUCCUUCAAGUUGCACCCAGACGAUAUAGCAGGGAUCCAGGCUCUCUAUGGCAAGAAAACUCCCGAGAGAGAGGAUGAAGAAGAGACAGAGGUGCCCUCUGUAGCCCCAGUGCCAACAGAACCCAGCCCCAUGCCGGACCCCUGCAGUGGUGACUUGGAUGCCAUGUUGCUGGGGCCCCAAGGGAAGACCUAUGCCUUCAAGGGAGACUAUGUGUGGACUGUGACAGAUUCAGGUCUGGGUCCCUUGUUCCGAGUAUCUGCCCUUUGGGAAGGGCUCCCCGGAAACCUGGAUGCGGCUGUAUAUUCUCCACGAACACAAUGGACUCAUUUCUUCAAGGGAAACAAGGUGUGGUGCUACAUUAACUUCAAGCUGUUGCCUGGCUUUCCCAAGAAGCUGAAUAGGGUAGAACCCAACCUGGAUGCAGCUCUCUAUUGGCCUCUCAACAAAAAGGUGUUCCUCUUUAAGGGCUCAGGGUACUGGCAGUGGGAUGAGCUCGCCCCAACUGACUUCAGCAACUACCCCAAGCCAAUCAAGAAGCUAUUUACGGGAGUGCCAGACCAGCCCUCGGCUGCAAUGAGUUGGCGGGACGGCCGAGUCUACUUCUUCAAGGGCAAACACUAUUGGCGCCUCAACCGGCAGCUUCGAGCAGAAAAAGGCUUUCCCAGAGAUAUUGCCCAGAACUGGAUGCACUGUCGUCCCCGGACCACAGACAGUACUCCAGCCAGUGGGGGUGCCAUUGCCUCAACCAUGGGUGACACCCUCUUUUCCUUGCCUGGUAACAUCACUUUCCGAGAGCCGAAGUAAGGCCUGAGGCAAGUGUCUGCUCACUAGAACUGGGCAGGCGCUACAGCCAGGGUCAGUCAUAAGAACCCAGCCAUUAAGUGUGUUAGGAGCACGGGCUUCCAAGAGGCCUCAGUUCUAGCCAGCACUCCCUGUACUUUUGCCCUGCAGCCUGGUGCUGCUGACGGUAGCUGGGUCAGACCCAGCUCCACCCAUUUCCUUCCUAGCCUCAUCCUCCAAAGCGCUUCAAACUGUGUCCUCUACAGCCUGGAGGACAGUGGUGGGGUGGGGAGCAAGUGUUGGUCGGGCCUCCGGCUAACAGGAGGCGGCAGCCUGGGAGGCUGGAUGCCUGUCCUGUUCUUUCUAGAUAAAGUACAAAAAAAAACCCAGAAUGGUCAGUAACUGAGCAAGUACUUUGAAGUCCUUGGGAAUCACAUUUAUUUAUCAGCAGGUUAAUUAAUCUCUUUGGGCUUCAGAUUUCCCAUCUGCACAAUGAAAGUCAACACCCCCCUCACAGGGAUUGCUGCAUUAAACCAGUCUAUAUGAAGUGCAAUGUCUGGCCACAUGUGUGCUAAUAAAGGUGAACUCCAUGUUCCCCAGA